CUGCAUGCCAAGCGCUAGGCGCAGAUAGAUGACAGCUAGCGUAAAGCUAAAGGUGCGUUGAGCGCCAAGAAGGAAGAAAAGCCUGAAAGCGACAGACUGUCCUGGGAACUGUUAGACUGGCUACGCCAGGCCAGAACUCCAGGAGCAUUCCUCUUGACCAGUGCGGACCGCAAAGCUGCUUCCUGCAUCAGUGCACGCAAUGGACAUCACCCAAGGUACAUGUACAUCUAGCGUCGUGACAGCUACCGAAAACAGCCAAAUCUCAUUGGCUGCUCAGGCCGUCAAGCCGAGAGAAGGUGUCAACCAGCUCGGGGGUACUACCGCAACGGGAAGCCUUUGGAUUCUGCUCGCCGCGCCCGGGUAAUCGAGAUGCACAGGCACGGCGUCAAGCCCUGCAUGAUAAGCAGGCAAUUGCGAAUUUCGCACGGAUGUGUUUCCAAACUUAUUAAAAGAUACAAAAGCGAAGGAACAAUGGCUCCGGGAAAAAUAGGAGGAAGUUCGCCAAAGGUGAUGAAGCCAGAAGUGGUGAAGUAUGUAGAACAAGUGAAAGGACACACGACAACAUCAACGUGGACCGCCGAGCGAAUUCGCGUCGAGCUUAUUCGUAACAAAGUAUGUGAAGCAGGCAAAUGCCCAUCAAUAAGCUCUAUCAAUAGAACAAUCAGAACAAUCCAGAAGAAUAGCAUGAGCGGUGGCUCGUCACAAACAGCACAAGGCCAACUACAGGUUCCACCGCUGCCACAGAAUCCAGAACAAGGGAAUAUGGGCAGUUUUCCGCCACCUUUCCAAUGUCUGGGUUCCGUCGUCGGAUUCAGUCUCUGUGGCACAAGCCCGAACGUCUUCUGUUUUCCCCCUGCUAAGGGUCCACACCAACCGGUUUCGUUCAUUCCAAACGGACAUGCAGCAGCAGGAUAUGCGCAACCGCAUAAAGCAGCCUAUGAUUAUGAACACGCCUAUGCCCUGCCAAUAGCAAAUGGCGGCCCAGUGAGCGGCGUCUCUCCACUAACACUUUGAAGUGCAUCUAAUACUCGUCUAUCCGCUUCACGAAUAUGCACUGACAGCCCUUCAAGAUGUAUAUAGCAGCCUGCACCUGUGAAGGUGGAUGGAAAAGUCUCCCUCUCUCUCUCUCUCUUUCUCUCCCUCCCUCCCUCCCUCCCUCCCUCCCCUCUGCAGACAGAUGACUGGAUUAUAAUUGAUGCGGAUUCUCCAAAUGUAACUGACACUUGUUUGUAAUAUACCAAAAAGAAACCGAGAUGAAAGGUUGUGUACCUGCAACAGAAUCAUACUACUAUUAUUGCAUGUAAGAGCUACGUGAGUGGAAGUGACCCUCCGGGAAGAGUGGCAUGAAGAGUUUUUCUGCCCGGCUGACUAUAAAAACAAUGGAACAUCAACGUCUAAAGUUCUUUUUACAUGUGCCGGUAUAUGCAUGUAUACAAUGCACUUCAAAAUAUACGUUAUGAUGCUAUCACUUACUGAAUUGUACAAUGUCAUGUACAUGUAUGUACGUAUGUAUGUACAAGCAUGCAUACACGUACGUUAUUAAUUUAUUAUGUUAUCACUAGUCUUAUUGUACUGACUUGAGUACAUAUACUGACAUUACAAUGUCAUGUACAAAUGUACAUCAAUCACCUGUAGGUUGCUCUGAGUGGAAUACUAGUAAAUCAAUACAAUUACACCGUGGACCUUGUUAAGGGUACGUUGUUUGUUAUUUUCAUCAGAACAUUAGUAAUAACGAAGUAGUUGUCUGCUCCACACACUAUUAAAUAUUUCGUAAUACCGGUAUUUAUAGUAAGAACACUCUUACACUGUGAUUCAUCAGGACAGGAACCAAAACAUUGCUGUGUUGGA